UCAUUUAAUAUAUAUAUAUAUAUAUUAUCUGUCUUGUUUAGUAUUAAUGUCUGCCCAACUUCUUCUACCACCCACCACCUUUCUCCUCCUCUUGUUUUCUCUAUAAAUUUCAACCUUCAAACACACUUUCAUUCUCUCUAUCAACUUCUUUCCGUUUCUCACAGCCAAACCCUAGAAAACGCAGCUCAACAACAUGGAAAACCACCUCCUGCAGGUGGACCCACCAAGCCCUCCACCUCCGCCGCUGCUUCCAUCAUCGCCGCCUCAAAACCCUACCUUCAUCUUCCCGGGCUCACCGCCAGGGGUGGAAGCAUCGUCGUCAUCGGUGCUGGAAAAGCCGCUGGACCCUCAAGGGCUGCUUGACAUUGACUGGGCUAACAUAUUCUCAGGGCAGAGCAAUAACUUUCAGGUUGGGGUUGGGGACGCCGUUAAUAUUACAAGCAGUUACAAGCCAAUGAUGGAAGGAGGAGGUGGUGGUGUUGGUGGUUUAUCAUCGUCGACUUUAAUGGGUGAAAUGAAUGGAGGUCAUGAGGAUAUGGAAAAGGAGAGUCAUAAUAAAGAGAAAAGAAGAGGAGGAGGAGGUAGGCUGAAGAAGUCGACGAGGCCGAGGUUUGCUUUUCAGACCAGAAGUGCUGAUGAUAUUCUCGACGAUGGUUAUCGUUGGAGGAAGUACGGCCAGAAAGCUGUCAAGAACAGCGUAUAUCCCAGGAGCUACUACAGAUGCACGCACCACACAUGCAAUGUGAAGAAACAGGUGCAGAGGUUGUCGAGAGAUACAGGCAUCGUGGUGACAACGUACGAGGGAAUUCACAACCACCCGUGUGAGAAGCUCAUGGAAACCCUCACCCCUCUCCUCAAGCAGAUCCAAUUCCUUACCAGGUUCUAGCUAGCUACCACCUGCCCCCUCCAUCAUCUUCCGUCCCUUUCAAAUGUUUCUGAUGUCAGGAAAAACAACAAAAAAGGUACAGAAAGAAUAAACGUCUGUAAAAUAAGGUUGAUCACACUCAUCUUCUUUCAACUGCUUGGCUUGUUUCUACCUAUAUGUCUUCUACGCUUCAUUUUACAUACUGUUUGUUUGUAAACAUAUAAAUUUGUGUAUACGUACAACUUAUAUAUACAGUGCCUCUAAUCAUUUAAUUAUA